AUGCUUCAAUUAUUAGCAAUUGUCAUUGUACUGAUUGCCGUUGCAUCAUCAGAGGCAGCCAGUUACAAGUUCAGUCUCAGAGAGUCAGAGGGACUAUACUAUAUUCAAGAUUUCUUUCUCGGUACACCACCACAAGAACUACACCAGAUUCUCAUUGACACAGGCUCAUCUGAUCUUAUAGUGCUUCAAUCCGGCUUCAACUAUAGAGAGUCCUCAUCAUUUAUCAACACCACAAAUGAGUUUACUGGAUUGUAUGGGUCUAUUGGUCUAUUUGGAAUGGUGCAAGCUUUUGAAGUGGUGACUUCACCAAAUGGCUUGGUGUUGCAGAAUGAGACGUUUGGUUUAGCUGAUGCUGAUGUUGUGCCUGCUGAGUUUAAUGGAGAAAAUGGAAUAUUGGGACUUGCAUACACUAGGACUGAGUUUAUUAGACCAACAUAUAACCAUUUCACCUAUUUGCUCAAGGACGAGGGCAAGAUUGACAGAGUAUUAUUUGCAAUCAAUGGUCAAUCGAGUGAUCCUUCAAUUGUAUUUGGUGGUAUCCAUGCAGGUAUUUAUGAGGAGCCAUUGACCAGGGUUCCAUUGUUACCAAGACCAGGCACCACUACAGACUUUUAUGUACCAAUGAUCACUGUUGAUGAAAUCAAAUUGGGUGAUAUUGUUAUCUCGAAUCAAAUCAGUGCUUUUAGUGUUGAUACUGGUGCAGAUGUUUUUGUGCCACCAACUCCUGUAUUGGCGAAUUUAUUCACUGCAAUUGGAGCAGACAGGUUUGAUGAUGACGAUGAAGGGUAUACUUAUUUCAAUAUCGACGAUUUCAAGGAUAAGGUAUUGACACUUGAUGUUCAGGGUUUAGAAUUUACCAUUGAACUAAACGAUUUGAUUCAAGAUGAAAAAGUUGUCAAUGGAACCACUUAUGUUGCCAUCCCUCAGUACUCGGUUGAUAUUGGAAUAAAUGCUGAUGCGGGCACUUUACCUGGGUUUUUGCUUAAGGAAUGGUACAUGGUGUGGGAUUAUGACAAUCAUCAAAUGUAUUUCGCCAGGUACAUGCCAAGUGGCGAACAGGUGGAGAGUAUUGUUAAUGUUGCAAGUGGUUACGAGUUGCCUGUGGGCACGAAAGAUGCACCAGAUCCAACAAAUACUUAUACCGCUGCAUAUCAAGCAAAUUUGGAGACAACUAUAACAGAAACAAAUGCCGAGACUAGCUCUGCCUUGGGAAGUUCAGUUGAAACGUCGGGGUCGGACUCAGCCACUACAUUGUCGGACACAAGUUCAAGUUUUGAGACGUCAGACAUUGAAUCAAGUGCUGGCUCUAGUAGCUCGUCUGAUGCUCAGAGUACUACUGUUUCAGAAUCCAGUUUAGAAACAAGCCUUAUUGAACAUGAAGCAUUGGGGACAACCUUCUCUUAUGAAAGUUCUACAACGGAAGUAUAUCAUACAGAGAUUACAGUCACAGAGUAUGCACAAGUUUGUAGAUCGGUUUGA